GCAGAGACGGCAUUCUUUUAUCUAACGAGACGGGGCAGCACAAGUAUUUACGAAGUCUGAGGGAUUGUGUUAUAAGAUGCAGCAGAUGGUGAUAUAAUUCUCCGAUCAUACGAUAUAUAUUUAGAUUCUAUUGAGCAUCAUGCCGCCAAAACGAAAAAAGUCAACUGUACAAGAUAAUCAACAAUCAAAACGAAAGAAAUCAACAAAUCAACAAGCUGAUAAUAGCCCUGAUAACCUACCACCGGUAGACACACAAACAAUCGUGACAGAAGUUAUAAAAACAUUAGAGCAAAAAGGGGUGAUAUUGAAUACAAAUGUGCGUGAUGCUACCCCGGUAAAUGAGUCAUCAAACCAUGGCUCAGAGAUCACGAGCCAAAUCCAGGCAGCAUUGAUGUCUGACAAUACAGUGAACACUACAGGUACUAAUAACGCUACAAUUCAUAAAGACAAACCUAUAAACACAUUAGAUGCAUCAAGUAUGCAGGCUUAUGAAAUUUAUUUAGGAGCUCUUGUAACUGACAAGCUGAAAUCAGCAAUUUGGGCUGAUGAGUUUGUGGAACUAUAUCAGUUAUUACCGAAUCAGUCUAGUACAUAAACAGAAUAGGUCACUGUGAACUUCAGGAACGGCCACCAGGUGUCAGUCAAAACAAAGACUGAUAUGAAGAAACUAUUAAUAAAUCAAUGGCUAACUGCCUUUUUGACAUUCAUUGACAUUUAUUGCCAGAAAACACCUGCAGCUUUGUCUGGUUUGUUAUUGUAUUGUAACAGAAUUAGAGAGUUAGAGAGAAUAUAUGGUUUAGAGGCA